AAAUGUCAAAAAACCGGAACAAGCGCAUUCCUUGAGGCGCGCAACCGACCCCACGCCUCCAUCCGUGCACGCACACGCACACAACGUACAGACAGCAAAGGAUUGUGGACUUCAAUUCUACUUACUUAUUGCCGUUUAAAACCAAAUAGUAUCUACAUUUUGACAUGAUCAAAUCAUCGUUGAUUGAAAACGCCAAAUCUAGUGUUCUACUUUAGAUAAUGCGGUGAUAUGCUAUGUGCCGCCACAAUGACAAUUUUGGACGGUGCAAAUGAGGAAGUGCACGUUUGGGGGUUCUUCAUUCUCUCGUAGCUCCAUGCGAGUGUCAAAAUGUUGGCACGUCGUGCACACGGAGGUUCCGCAGGUAUGAUCGCCUGAUAGCCGGGAGCAAACUCCACCCAACACGCGCACACGCACACGCGCACACAACCUGUGGCCGAGUGCGGCGCUAAAUACGUGCUGCUCGCACAGAGUCGCGUGGAGAAAAGUUGUGUGGGUCAAAGUCCGGAAGCUCGGGAGCAAGCGGGACGUGUGCUGAAGACAUGCUUCAAACAUGGCCGUAGUUGCAGCGAGCGUGCAGGAAAGUGGAUUUGUGGAGGUUUUGGUGCGGGCUCGCUGGCACAAAGUUUGGGUGCACUUAAACGAGGAGGCGCUCACGUUGAGCUGCGAGGACGACGCCGUCAACUCCAACGGAGUCGUCACCAAUGGAUCCUACCUCGACAACAACAACUCGAACAACGGUCCGAGGCUGCCGGACCAGCUCAAACCCGUGCCGGAGACCAUCGCCAACAGGAAGCGGUGCGUUAAGGUGACCAAGCAGGACGUCGGCGGACUGGGGAUCAGCAUUAAAGGCGGCAGGGAGAAUAAGAUGCCCAUCCUGAUCAGCAAGAUCUUCAAGGGGUUGGCUGCGGACCAGACGCAGGCUCUGUACGUUGGGGACGCCAUCCUGUCCGUGAACGGGGUCAACCUGAGGGACGCGAGCCACGACGAGGCGGUGCAGGCGCUCAAACGGGCAGGCAAGGACGUGACCCUGGAAGUCAAGUACAUGCGAGAGGCUACACCGUACGUCAAAAAGGGCUCACCUGUGUCAGAGAUCGGAUGGGAAACCCCCCCGCCUGAGUCACCGCGUUUCGGCGGCACUCCUGUCAUCACCUCCUCUUCCUCCACGGAGACUCGAAGCCCUCCUCCUCUUCAGCCCUCCUUGUCCCUGCAGGGCAACAGAAGAUGCAUUCCACUUAAAAUGUGUUACGUAACCCGAGCCAUGACCACAGCCGAUCCAGACAACAGACAAGUGGAGCUGCACUCCCCCGAUGCCAGGCACACCGUGGUACUGCGGUGUCCAGACCAGUCAUCCGCCCUCACUUGGUUCUCUGCGAUGCAUGCCGUCACAUCCACACUGACACAGCAAGCACUAGCUGAGGUGAUUCAUCACACAACCAGGUCAGGUGUUGCUGGCAGCAAGGAGAUUCGACACCUGGGAUGGCUGGCAGGCAAGCAAAGCGAAAGCGAGAAGCAGUGCUGGAAGCCUGUGCUAGUGGUGGUGACAGAGAAAGACCUUCUGCUCUAUGACAGCCUGCCUCGGAGCAAGGAGGCCUGGCACAGUCCAGCACACACAUAUCCUCUUCUUGCAACACGUCUGGUGCACUCUGGGCCUGACAUGAGUUCUCCUUACUCGGGCACAGAGCUCUUUUUCGCCACUCGAACCGGCAGUCGCCUUGGAAUCGAGACUCAUCUUUUCCGAGCUGAAACCAGCAAGGAUUUAUCCCUGUGGACUCGACAAAUAGUCAACGGCUGUCACGCAUCCGCCGAGAUGAUCAAAGAAGUCAGUACUAGUUGUCUCUACCUGGGUCAGGAGUGCCGACUGGUGAUUCACUACGAGCAGGGCUUCUUCGUGUUGGCUGAACCCAAACCCCGUGACAGUGAGAAUGGAGACGAGGGGCGACCCCUUACUCCAACCAAAAAACGAGUGCUCCUAUCCUACCCUUACGAAAAGCUGAGGAUGUCAUCGGACGAUGGCGUUCGAAUGCUAUUCCUGGACUUUGGAGGAAAAGAGGGGGAGAUUCAACUGGAUCUCCACUCGUGUCCCAAGCCAAUCGUCUUCAUUGUCCACUCCUUCCUCUCCGCUAAGAUCUCCAGGCUGGGCUUAGUGGCCUGAUGGUGACCCCCGAAUGGAUUUCUGUUAUUGUGUGUCCACAUCCCUGCAACCCACGUGCAGAAGACUACAUCUUCUGCACGUGGGUUGAGUCCAAGAUGGAGCCUCUCUUUGGUCAAAGUAACAAUGAAGAAACAUGUUGAGGGUUCCUGGUCAUUUGUUGAAGAGCUGUGAAGACUGAAAACUGGCGUCAGAGAGCAAAACCUCGAGUGGACUCGAAGCAGAAUGAUGGAUGUGACGAAUGUGAAAAACGAUAGGGCAUUACUGACACAUUCACGACUUUUGUUUUGGUUAAUUUUGUCGUAAAUUGACUUCAUUUACUAGUUUUAUUUAAUUUAUUGAUGAUCUCUGUGAAAACUUUCAGAAUUUCACUCUGUUUUCUGUUUGUCCUGUUAGCAAUGUUAGCAUUUCUCAUCAACCAUAUAAUACACACAAAAUGUUAUUCGGCUUUUGGGUGAAACUUAAAGAUAAACUGAAAAUGCGCUUUAACUUUUACAGGUGAAGUUCAUUUGAGCUUCAGUAAACUUGAAUGCACUUGUGCAGCUAUUCAGUAGACUUUUGCACAACUUGCUGUUCUCUAUUUCGAAGGAGCUAAAUGGCAAAAUUCCCAAACGCAACACUGUUGCAACAUGCCGAUGACGCUCUGUGACACUCAAAGCUCAGUGUUGAUCAGUUGCGAGGUGUCAUGAUGUCCAAAUGUCAGCCGCAUCUUUAAAUAGCAAAUUCUCUUCGCAGCAAAGAAUGCAUUUGUGCAUCCAUGGAUCAAACACCUCUUGUCAAUUGUCCUGUUCUGCUCCUUGUUCGAGAACAGCAAGUUGUGCAAAGAGCACUGAAAAACUGAACAGUUAUGCAUUUGCAUUCAAAAUUUUACACAAGGUCAAAUUGAGUCAACUUAGAAUUUUUAUAAAUAGUACAUUGGAGAUUCAUCCUGGAAUUUCAUCCAAAAGCCAAAUACACCUAACAUUUUGUGAGAAAUAUUUGUCUACGAUGAAGUCGUAUGUUCCCAGAAUAGAAAACUCAAGUGUAAUUACGUGACAGUAUUGCUUUAAAAAGUUGUCAUUCAAAAGCCACCUCUGCUCUAUAUUACAUUGUUGUGACUCAAAUUAUAUUUUUGGAGCUCCAGUGUCUUACGGAAUAUUGUAGCUAUACCACUGGCACAAAUCCGGCUGUCUCUUCCUUACAACUACCGGUAAUCAUGCAUGCAUAUACACUGCUCAUCUUGAAAUGAGGGCGUGAUUGUUUUUCGCCAGCAAAGUACAAGCACAAAUAUUAAUGUGAUUGUAUUUGAGGCCCCAUGAAAAAAAGCAGCGACAUGAAAGCUAAGGACUAUAUAUAGGGUAUGACCAUUUUACUGUCAUCGCUCUACUGGUCAAAAAUUUCAACUGUUCUUCUUAAAAGGAUACUGGAGCAAUAAAUACAAUCCCAUUAAUUA